AAAACAUUGAUCCGCCAUAUUAAAAGUCCCGCGAGGACACGUUUACCAAUCAUCGAAGUCACUAUUAGUACAACUUCGUUCCAUAAAUAAAUAUUUUCAAUGGAGGUUAUACAUUAAUGGUUGUAAGGAUAGCAAGCACUAUUUCCUUAUCUUUUCGACAGUGAAUUUUGUUCGUUAGUAAACAAAGGAAUAUGUUUAAAACUGUUCUCUGGAAGUUUCUAAACUUGUGUCGGGAAGCGUAUUCAUAGAAAUGCCGUAGUACCGACUAACUUCAGAGGCGUGUCAUGUUUGCAACAAACGCGGCGUUCUCUCUUAUAGCGUAUCUGAUAAUUUUUUAAGUCAAUAUUUCGUGAAAAAUGCUCGCAUUAGGACCGAAAAAGGACGGAGGUCCCAAUGCAAAAUUUUUCGAGUCCCAAGAAAUUCUUACACAACUCGACGGAGUGAAACAGUGGUUGUUAAAAAAUUGUAAAAAGUAUGUACAAACGGACCCUCCCAAUAAUAAAAGUUUAGCUACUUUGAUAGUGCAAUUGUUGCAAUUCCAAGAAGACAAUUUAGGAAAAAAUGUUUCAAAACCACCUAUGACCAGGCUUCCUAUGAAAUGUUUCUUAGAUUUUAAACCAGGAGGUGGUUUAUGUCACAUUCUUGCUACCGCGUAUCGUUUUAAGCAAGAGCAAGGAUGGCGUAGAUUUGAUUUUCCUGUUGGGAAGUCAGGAUCUCGGAUGGAUAGAACAGUGGAAAUGUUAAUGGCAGCUGAACGGGCUCUGGUUCAGAACAGAUGUUUGUCCAUACCAAGUAUAUAUGUACGAACGGAUGUAGAUAAGUCGACGGCGACAAAAGUGAAAGAAGCGGUUCGAAGACACCAGGGUACUAUCGCGGAAAACGAAGCGGAUGCCACGCAUAUAAUUUAUCCCCCCGUGGAUCCCAUGGAAGAGGAAUACGCACGGCCGUGUAUGAGGCGCGAAAGAUCCGUUCUCCUUCAUUGGUAUUAUUUUCCAGAUAGUUAUGACUCUUGGACUAGUUUAGAUCUUCCCUGGGACUUUCCAGAAGGGACACUGACGAACGCCAGUGUAAAAUCAGUGUACAAGGUAUCGGCAACGUGGGCGCUAGACUUGGAUCAGUACAACGAGUGGAUGAACGAAGAAGAUUAUGAAAUAGACGAGAACGGUCAGAAGAAGAUACACAAGUACAGAUUAUCGGUAGAGGAUUUAAUGGCUCAGCCGUCGCAUCCGCCACCUUCAGCGAAAAAACCGAAACGGAAACGGUCACCCAGCCCGCCGCCGAAACCGGGGAAACGUAAAAGCGCGAGAGCACCGUCGGGUGUUCAAAGUGCUUCCUCGACGUCGUCACUAGCGACUCCUAAGAAAUCUCGUGGCGUGGGAGAGGAGGAAGACGAUCUCACGCAAGGAAUGGAGGAUCCUCCGGCAGAACCUCGGAUCGUAGAAGUGGUUGCCACACCAACGAACCCACCGGUUACAGGUCAAGGUAACGCUCCAGCGAGCGGUGCUACUUUAACGAGUACAGGAAGUAAAAAGCAAGACAACGAACUUCAGCCGCUAAAGUCUGGUAACAUGGCAGACCUAGACGAACCGAUGGAAGGUGACAAGGGAAGUUCUCAGAGCACCCAGGACAGAGAGGAACGAGAUGCCAGCAAAGAAAGGGGAGACGGGAGCAAAGGCGACGAACCGGAGGACAACGUAACGGAGCAAACUCAUCACAUCGUUGUUCCAAGCUACUCCGCCUGGUUCGACUACAACUCGAUCCACACUAUAGAGAAGAGAGCUCUGUCGGAAUUUUUCAAUGGCAAGAACAAGUCCAAGACACCGGAGAUCUAUUUGGCUUAUAGAAACUUCAUGAUCGAUACCUACAGAUUAAAUCCCACCGAGUACAUCACGUCGACGGCCUGCAGGCGCAAUUUGGCAGGGGACGUAUGCGCGAUUAUGCGUGUGCACGCGUUUCUAGAACAAUGGGGACUCAUCAAUUAUCAGGUGGACGCAGAAUCGAGACCGACGCCUAUGGGACCCCCGCCGACGUCACAUUUCCAUGUACUGUCGGAUACACCGUCUGGUUUGGCUCCGGUGAAUCCGAACCCGCCGAAGACGCCGCAACCGUCAGCCGCGAAGACUUUGCUCGACCUGGAGAAGAAGUCGAACGUAAUGGGAUCAGAAGAGAAGGCUUCAGCCGGAGCGAUGGCGAACUUCGGAUUGAAGAUAGAUCAGUAUUCAAGGAAGCCGGCGGUGUUGAAGAACAAACAAGCUGCCGGCGCCACUCGCGACUGGACGGAGCAGGAGACGUUGUUGUUGUUGGAAGGAUUAGAGUUACACAAGGAUGACUGGAACAAAGUUUGCGAGCACGUCGGCUCUAGAACCCAGGACGAGUGCAUUUUGCACUUCUUGCGGCUCCCAAUAGAGGACCCGUAUUUGGAGGAAGGAGGGCCGGAAGGUCUGGGUCCGCUGGCCUAUCAACCGGUGCCUUUCUCGAAGGCAGGGAAUCCAGUGAUGAGCACGGUUGCGUUUUUGGCAUCCGUUGUUGAUCCUAGAGUGGCAGCGAGCGCCGCGAAAGCUGCCAUGGAGGAGUUCGCAGCUAUCAAGGAUCAAGUGCCGGCCGCCUUGUUGGACCAACACCUGAGGAACGUCCAAGCCAGUGCAAACUCGGAUGGCAAAUUCGACCCGGCUGCGGGCUUGGCGCAAUCGGGAAUAGCCGGCACAGGACCACCCGAGCCUCCGGACGACACGGCGACACCUUCGACGGCUGGAAGCGUGCCGACAGCGGCGGCCACGUCUCCGCACUCGGCGACGUCGACGCCGAUUGAAACGAAGAAGGAGGAGCAAGAGAAGCCGAAGGAUUCCGAGGUCGACCAGACUCAAUUAGACAUUAGUAAAAAGGAGGACGAGAUGAAGGAAGCCGAGGAGGACACGAAAACACCCGUGGACGUCGAGGCUAUGGAGGCGAAAGAGAAGAAAGACAAGGUGGUGCGAGACGCUCAGCUGCAGUCGGCAGCCGCCGCCGCGUUGGCGGCAGCCGCCGUCAAGGCGAAACACUUGGCCGCCGUGGAAGAGCGUAAAAUAAAAUCGCUGGUGGCGUUGCUCGUCGAGACGCAGAUGAAGAAGCUAGAAAUUAAAUUACGUCACUUCGAAGAGCUGGAGACCACGAUGGAACGGGAACGCGAGGGUCUCGAGUAUCAGAGGCAGCAACUGAUCACGGAGAGGCAACAGUUUCACCUGGAGCAACUGAAAGCGGCGGAAUUCCGAGCAAGGCAACAGGCGCAUCAGCGUCUGGCUCAAGAACAGCAACAGCAGCAACAGAAUCAGCACCCACCUUGGCAGCCAGCCGCGCAACAGCAGCAGCAGCAGCAACCGCCGAGCCCUCAAGCGUCGGCCCAACAACCAGCAGCGCAUACGCCUCCGCAACAGGCGUAACUUUCUUUUUUUCCCACAUAACAGACGGAUCUUUCGCUGGAUGCUCCGGGCUGAGGACGCGCAACGAGGACAUCAAGUGGAAAUGAUAAUGCUGAAGAAGCUGUGUCAUGUGAGCCCGUCUGAUCUCGCCGCUCGUGCAGCAGUACAGAAAGUUAACGAGGUCAAGAGCGAGCGAGCCAACCCUGGUUAGUUGAAAAUCAACCAAACAGACGUCCUGUAACGUUACCGCGUUAUUCGCAACAUUGCAAUCACUAUAUAUAUAUUUCACUUCAACGCGACACCGUUCACCUAACCGAAACAACGGAUUAAGAUCGAUAUCUUCUCGCUGUGCGUUUAUCUCUGUUUUCUCUGUAUCAAGGAAAUUAUGUUCACGCGUGGAUUAAUAUUCGCGAGAAAAUUCCACGACCAAUUCUGUCGCGAAGAGUGAAAUAUAAUUUAUUUAUAAUACGACGAAGCAACUCUUUUCCCAACGGAACGACUAGAGAAGCGACGAGAAUCUUUUCGAUUUACCGGUUAAACCAAGCAUCGUGGUAAAUAGCGGUGACGAACACGAGAAUCGUAAUAUAAGAAUCUUACAGAUUUAUAUAAUAAAAGUAUACAGAAAAAAAACGAAAAAGAAAAGAACAAAAAGAAAAACAAACAUAGAUGUUAUAAUUUCAUAUUCUCACUUAAAUUCUAGCUAAAGUGGACCUACGAGGUAUACGUUGUCGUCGAACGGUUCUGUACAAAACACACCUGACCUAAUACACGUACAAGUUUUUCACGUUUUUAUACGGAAUUUGUAGGAAGCAAAAUUGACGGAAUUCAUUUAGCGAACCAAAGAUGUGAACAAUUACUCUGUAACACGUACCUCCUCGUUUGGCUGGGCGUCGUCUUUAAAAAGAAUAUUAUUAGUCCAACAGUCGCCGUGACAAAAGACAGUGAGAGGCCCUCUAACUGCAGCGACUUCGGUCAUUGUACGGAAAAAUACGUCCUCGUGGAGGAACGCUUGCAAUUUCUCCAUUAUCUCUGUUCUUUUGUGCUCCAUGCUGGAAGGAAGACCCUUCGAUACCAUUUCGAUGGCGUUCUUCGCAGCUUCUCGAUAAUAUUGCCGAUACCAAUCUUCGUUCUCUGUUCGGAAAAACACCUCCCGUACGCCUUGACCCCCGUCCGGGUCGGCCAGUCUUGCAAACUCUUCCGACCUUCGGAACACGCAUUAUGUACAUAUGUAAAAAAGUGUAGGUAUUAUUACUUGAUUUAUUGUAAACGUGUAAAAGAUGUCUCAUGGAAAAUGGAAGAGUGGAAAGAGCGAGAAAAAAGAAAAGAAAAGAAAAGAAAAGAAAAGAAAAGAAAAGAGAAAGGGAACGGAUAAUGUUUAACUUGCCUUGUUUCUCGGAGCGUCAAACUGAGCGCGUGAAAGCCGGCCAACGCUUUCAAGGCGCGCUUCAAAUGAUCAAGCUGAAGCCCCUUCCUUCUAUCUGCCAUUUUAAAGCCCCUUUCUCGUAGAUCCUCCAUGGCGAUAAGAUCGUCUCGCGCUGCGUAUAUUUUGGCAACACCGUUGAACACAUUUCUAUUGUUUAUUUGCAAGUUGUUCAGUGCAGGCCACACGUAUGUAUAGAAUGCCACCUCGUUGCGAAAGAGUAGUUCACUUUUAAACGCCUCCCGGUGUUCCCUCGAUUGGGGCAAAACUUUAUAAAUGAUCGCGCAUUCGUAAUUUAUCCAAUCGUCGGUUCUACCAUCCCUCUGCUGUUGCCCUUUCGCCCGAAUGCGGUAGAGCAUAGACGUGUAAUUGUCACCUCUGCCCGACCCAUGUUCUUCCUCUACACUGCUGAUCUUCACGUUCGGUUCAUCUUUCGUUAUCAGUUCACGUACCGCCUCCAAUGUAAGACGCGGAUCAUCUCCUUUCUUGUCCAUCACUGCUACUCCCCCUCUCGAAUGAGACCGAGCGAUUUCUGUUUUCUUCAAAUCGGUGUAUACGAGGAGAAACUCCUUUCGAACGAUCUCCUCUUGCGGCUUAACGUUCUGGUAUCUCGUGUCGUUAGGUGCCGUAGCAAUCCAGUCUUUCAAACGGUCGAGUGAGUUACGAUGUUAAGCUAUGCAAUGCAGGAAAUAAGUAUUUGAGUGACAAGAGGAUAGUACCUCCCACUGCUGCAGAACUUAAUUUACUAAUCGUACGUACCCUACCUAGAGGGACAAGGACAUUAAUAUCUUCCAAUGACGCGAGUAAUUUCUAUUCUUUGAAUGACAAAUUGAUUGAAAUUCUUGUAUAUAUAACACGAAUUUCCAAUAACAGCCAAGAAACUUUCGUAAACUUCGUAAAGCGCGUUAACGUAAUAAUUUAAAGUUGUGCUAAAUGUAACGAAAAAGAGAUACAGACAAAUAUACAAUCAGAAACUGUUAUAAAUACUUCUUUAUUGCGACUAAUUGAUAUUAUUCCAAGUUCAUCUCAUACAAUGAGACCGCUAAAUCGUCUCCUAUUAUAGUCAUCAAUUUUUCACGCUCGUCGGCAGCGAGCCCUUUAUUAUUAUACAAUAAUUUAGCCAUGUCAGCAAUUUGUUGAAAUCCUACAUUUACGCUGUAUUCGAGGAUAAGCUGAAAAAGAAAAGAAUUAAAUUACCGUAUAUAUAUAUA